AAUAUAGGUGGCCCCAGCUUGCUAAAUCUAUGGCUGACCGACUUUGAAUAAUAAACGGUAGAGAUAAAGUUGAAAGGAGAGUUGUGUAUAGAAAAAGAGAGGAAAAUAUUCCCUUGAGCUUUCAAUUAUAAGUUGGUCAUUUUUUUUGGUUUUAUCUUUUGAAAUCAAACAAAAAUUUCCCAAGAAAAUAUUGUAUUUCUGUUGAUGUGUUUUUAAGAUUUAAACAACUGUGUUGUUUUAUCUUUGUGUUGUUGUGUGCUGCUGCUGCUACUACUACUACUUAUGUUUGUUCUUUUGGAACAAUCUGAAGAAAAACUUGUGAGAGAUUUGAAUACUACCAAGGUUUUCUUAUCUGUUUGUAUUUGGAAAAGAAAAACAGUUUGUUUUCUGGCUUAGAGUUAAGACACAAAACCAAACCAAAACAUUAACAAAAUGAUGUCUGGAGAUGUGUUUUCAUUUCCUUCUUCUGUCAAAGCAGUACUUCCUCAUCACCAAGAACUUCAAACAAACCCUAACCCUAAACCUAAUCCUUCUACCAAGAAAAGAAGAAAUCUUCCAGGAACACCAGAUCCAGAUGCUGAAGUUAUUGCACUUUCACCAAAGUCACUCAUGGCAACAAACAGAUUCAUCUGUGAGAUUUGCAACAAAGGUUUUCAAAGGGACCAGAAUUUGCAACUUCAUAGAAGAGGACACAAUCUACCAUGGAAGUUAAAGCAAAGGAACAAACUAGAACAAGUGAAGAAGAAAGUAUACAUAUGUCCAGAAAAGACAUGUAUUCACCACGAUCCAUCGCGGGCACUUGGUGACCUUACUGGAAUAAAGAAACAUUUUAGUAGAAAACAUGGUGAGAAGAAGUGGAAAUGUGAAAAGUGUUCAAAGAAAUAUGCAGUUCAAUCAGAUUGGAAAGCUCAUAGUAAAACUUGUGGAACUAGAGAGUACAAAUGUGACUGUGGCACACUAUUUUCCAGAAAAGAUAGUUUCAUCACGCAUAGAGCUUUCUGUGAUGCUUUAGCUGAGGAGAGUUCAAGAAUCACUUCAGUUGGUACUAACAAUUUGAUCAACUUCCCAAAUAAUGCCACAUUGUUGAACCAACAAGCAAAUUUACAUGGUGGUUUCACAGGAUUUAGACCAGAUUAUGGUUAUCCACAGCAGCAAAAACCAAGAUUAUCACUCUGGCUAGAUCAACAAGCACCUAACCACAAUAAUCAUCUUCAAAUAUCUUCGAGUUCAAAUCUUUUCGACAGUUCAAACACAACGGGUUUUCAAGAGAUGAUUCAAAUGCAAUCACAAAAUCAUGUAUUUGGUGGAUCAAAUUCAACAACAUCAAACUUUUCUUUGUCUUCACCAGUACAAGGAAACUCAAUUGCUGAUCAAUCUUUGAAUUCGUUGUAUUCUGAUAGUCAGAAUAGUCAUCAAUUAACCAAAGCGAAUUCGACACCACUGCCAAUGUCUGCUACUGCACUUCUACAGAAAGCAGCACAAAUGGGCUCUACAAAGAGCAAUCCAACUACAACUUUUUUCACCAACAAUUUCAACAAACUGAACUCUUCUUCUUCUUCAUCUUCACCAACCACACCAACUUUCAUCGGCCUACAAAGUAUCGAUCAAACAACAGAUCAACUUUUCACCCAGAAAUCCGAGGAUUAUACAACGUCAUUGUUACAGUGCAACAACGGACUUAUGCAAUCAGUUGGCAUGCAAAAUAAUCCUGCAAUUUCGAUGAACAUGGAGCAAGGGAUAAAUGGCUUGGCUAAUUGCUUAACAAGAGAUUUUUUGGGAAUUAAACAUGAAGGGAAUUGCCAGUUUUUGCCACAAGAGAUUGUUAAGUUUGCUUCUUUGAGUAAUUCAGCUAUGGGGUUGAGCCAUUUACAGUAGUUGUCACUAGUGAUGGUAUCUUUCCACGUUGUGAAUUCAAGAUUUAAAUUUUAUGAAUUCAUUCGUUAAAAUUUUAAAGUUAUUAGCAUUAAAUUAUUUAUAUUUUUCAA